UUUGGGGGCGGUGGGGGGGGGGGGCGCGCGCGCGCGCACCUGCGCCCUCCCUCGGCCCCCUGCGCCUGAGCCGUGUGAGCGCGGCCGGGCGCCGCUGGCGACCCUCGUCUUCUCCUCCUCCUCCUCCUCCUCCUCCUCCUCCGGGAAAACGCAGGUGAAGGGAAUUACCCUGAGGAUCCCUCAGGGUGUCGGUCCCUUGGCAGAUAAUCUCGGGCAGUUUUCAGUGUUUUCUCCCUCUUUUCUCAUUUAUUUUUAAUUGUCACAUUUAUGUAACAAGUGCCUGCCCGCACAUUAGGUUGGUGUCGCCGUCUCUUGGGCGUUGCAUGCUCUUGGGGUGCUGUCUCCAGUGCUGUGUGUCUGAACAUUAAAAAAAAUGUCUUUCCGUUGAAGAAGACAGGGGUUAAAAUGAAUGAAGAUCUGAAGGUUAAUUUGAGCUGGCUGCCUCAGGACCAUGUAGAAGCCAGCUCUACCGAGAAUGCCUCAGCUGCAGGCUCCUCCCUGGUUCCUGUCGUAGACCCAGAGCCAGAGCUCUUGGUAAACCCCUGGGACAUUGUCUUGUGCACUUCAGGGACCCUCAUCUCCUGCGAAAAUGCCAUUGUGGUCCUUAUCAUUUUCCAUAACCCCAGUCUCCGCGCCCCCAUGUUCCUCCUGAUAGGCAGCCUGGCGCUCGCAGAUCUCUUAGCGGGAAUUGGACUGAUCAUCAAUUUCGUUUUUGCAUACCUGCUGCAAUCAGAAGCUACGAAACUGGUUACGAUUGGACUGAUUGUUGCCUCUUUCUCAGCAUCUGUCGGCAGCUUGCUGGCUAUUACUGUUGAUCGUUACCUCUCCCUGUAUUACGCUUUGACUUACAAUUCAGAGAGGACUGUCACUUUUACCUAUGUCAUGCUUAUAUUGCUCUGGGGAGCAUCUAUCUGUAUUGGACUGCUGCCUGUAAUGGGCUGGAACUGCCUCAGAGAUGAAUCCACCUGCAGUGUUAUCAGACCGCUCACUAAAAAUAACGCAGCUGUCCUUUCGGUCUCUUUCUUGCUUAUGUUUGCCCUCAUGCUGCAGCUCUACAUUCAGAUCUGUAAAAUCGUGAUGCGCCAUGCCCAUCAGAUUGCCUUGCAACACCAUUUCCUGGCCACUUCCCACUAUGUGACCACCCGAAAAGGAGUGUCUACUUUGGCCAUUAUUUUGGGGACUUUUGCUGCUUGCUGGAUGCCUUUUACACUCUAUUCUCUAAUAGCAGAUUACACCUAUCCUUCUAUAUACACCUAUGCCACCCUCCUGCCAGCUACCUACAAUUCCAUCAUCAAUCCUGUAAUAUAUGCUUUUAGAAACCAGGAGAUCCAGAAAGCACUUUGGCUCAUCUGUUGUGGCUGUAUUCCUUCCAACCUGUCCCAGAGAGCAAGAUCGCCCAGUGAUGUCUGACUGGCAGCUAGGAGCACGCUGCUUAACGCGUUACUUUCCAGACAUUCUUGCGACACCGUCUUUGGUUUAGAUGCAUUCAUUAAAGGGUGUGUGAUGGGUUCGUAUAAAAACCACAGAAUGUGCUGACCUCUUUGUAAACAGCAAACCCCAGAGACCAAAAUGAAUCAAGCGGUUUAAGAGAGAUUUCCAAAAUCAAAAUAAUCAGUGUUCUUACAGAUUUAUAAUGUUGCUCAGGGUCUUUUGUUAUGAAUAUAUAACCCAGACUUUGCCACGUUUGCCAUAAUUUUACAUUAAGUUUGCUAAUUAAAAAUAGAUCAAAACAGCAUACCUCAUCUGAAAUUGUUUAUGUGAUUGAGUUCAGCCAUACUGCAUGUUACAGUCCGUUGUCAGGGUAUUUUUUCCCCUCAUUUUUUCUUACUAAAGCAGGAG